UGGAUUUAACAUCAUGGGAGGUUUUAGAAACCCUUUAAAAGGUUUCUUCCAGAAUUUUGUUCCCUGGCUUCAUACUAUGAUUUGUGAUGGAUUUAACUUCUUUCUUCUUUUUUCAUUCCUUUUGCUCUUCAUAGGUUGUCUCCAAACCUGGUGCAGUGAAGACGUAUUAAGAGGUUUGAGGCAGAGAUUUAUGUUCUUACAAAAGAUGAAGGUGGCCGUCAUACUGCUUUUCUUCUCAAAAUAUAUGACUCAAUUUUACAUGAGGACUGCAGAUAUUACUGGAAAGGUGGAAUUACCUGAAAGUGUAAAGAUGGUGAUGCCUGGUGAUAAUGUGACUGCAACUUUUGAGCUAAUAGCACCUGUUCCUCUUGAAACAUGUUGGACAAAUAUUUGCUUUGAGAGAAGGUGGUAGAACAGUGGGUGCAGGGGUUGUCUCAAAAGUAAUUGGCUGAAAUGCUGGUAAACUCCCUGUUCAAUUUUUUGUGUCCUCAUUUGUGAAAAGGUGUGAAUAGAGAAUGAGGGUGCCACUUCUUGGAGAUGCAUGCAACAUGAUACUUGCUGACUUGUUGAUGACAUUUUGCUAUUGCUUUUGUUUUU